CUUCCUCGACGUGCAGACCAAUUCAUAGUCACAAGGGCUAUAACAUUCGUGACAACAAGUAAUGUCCCAAUCUGGAUGUUAAGGAACUCAAAAGUACACAUUAUUGACCCUUUCUUUCUAACCAAAAGGCUUCUCAAUCUUUCUGCAUUUAAUAAACAGGUUUCUUUGAUCUGGGAGACUCGCCGUGCUUUCUCGCUGGCCAUGUUAACCAAGCCUGGAAAGAAACUGGUUGACUCCUCAGAGUCAAGUCACCAUGUCUCGUCCUUGGGCCACAAAGAAUCAGCUAACCACACAACAAAUUCGAAUUAUCCACCGCUAGAUAUCGUCCAUCAAACUCCACAACCACGCAAAGAGAUGCAGAAGCCAUUGUUUGAUCAUAAGAAGAUGGAGAGAUUCUUUGCUUCUGAAGUGCUUCUGGCAUUGGAGUACUUGCACAUGCUCGGAAUUGUGUACCGUGACUUGAAGCCAGAGAAUGUUCUUGUCAGAGACGACGGACACAUCAUGCUCUCCGAUUUUGAUUUAUCCCUCAGAUGUUCCGUCAGUCCAACCCUCGUCAAAUCAUCCUCUGUUCACGGCCCCGGCGGUGGAAGCGGAAGCGGUCGACCCGUAGGUCUCAUCGACGAGGACGCCGCGGUGCAAGGUUGUAUCCAACCGUCCACAUUCUUCCCGCGGAUUCUACAGUCAUCCAAGAAGAACCGAAAGGCCAAAUCAGAUUUCGGGCUCUUCGUUAACGGAUCACUCCCGGAACUCAUGGCAGAGCCAACGAACGUUAAAUCUAUGUCAUUCGUUGGAACACACGAGUAUUUAGCACCGGAGAUUAUCCGUGGAGAAGGACACGGAAGCGCAGUAGACUGGUGGACCUUCGGAAUCUUUAUCUACGAGCUUCUCUACGGAGCCACGCCGUUCAAAGGACAAGGGAACCGUGCCACGCUUCACAAUGUGAUCGGACAAGCUCUUAGAUUCCCUGAGCUUCCUCACGUUAGUUCGGCCUCGAGGGAUCUAAUCAAAGGGUUAUUAGUUAAAGAGCCACAAAAACGAAUCGCUUACAAACGAGGCGCCACGGAGAUCAAGCAGCAUCCUUUUUUUGAAGGUGUGAACUGGGCGCUGAUUCGUGGUGCAACGCCGCCGCAUGUACCGGAACCGGUUGAUUUUUCGUGUUACGCAAGCAAGGAUAAAGAGUCUAUGGCGGCUGUCGACGGCGGCGGAAAGAAGAAUAAUAACGGUGCUGGUGGUGGCUGCAGCACCGGCGGCGGUGAUGAUCCUGAUUACAUUGACUUUGAAUAUUUUUAGCAAUUUGAUAUAAUGACUUAAACUUCUUCAGACAAUCAAUAUACAAUGUCCUUUUUGUUGUCUUUAUACACACAUCUCUAGAUAAUUUUAUUUCAUUAUGAUUGGUCUUUUUA